AUGCCAAAUGAAAACAUCUUAGGAAGUGAGAACAGGAAAUAUAAAAAUAAUUAUUAUACAAUAGAAAUAAAUUUUAUUUUAAGGACCGGAUGGAACAAACGGCAAAACAGUGAGUAUUAUACAGAGAUACCUCGCCACAGGCCGGAUUCCCCGGGCAUCCCCGGUUUAAAGCGCAUAAAAAUCUCUUCUGUAUCUAUUUCUAAUUAUAAAAAAAAAUAA